AUGGGUCAAGAAGCUGGUAAAAGACUUAAAGUGAAGGCCAACAAGUUUAAGAAAAAGAAAGCACCUGCUAAAGUUCCACAGGAUGCUCAUAAGGAACUCAAGGCUGACGUGUGUCGUUUCUGUAAAAAGGAAGGACACUAUCAGAAAGAUUGCCUGAAACGUAAAGCUUGGUUUGAAAAGAAAGGUACAUUUAGUGCUUUUGUAUGUUUCAAAUCAAAUUUAGUAGAAGUUCCUAAUAAUACUUGGUGGCUUGAUUCUGGUGCAACUACUCAUGUAUCCAAUAUGUUGCAGGGAUUCACUACGAAUCCAAAUAAAAAUUUCUUGUUCAUGGGAAAUCGCAUGAAGGCUAAAAUUGAAGGCAUAGGGACUUAUCGUUUGAUCUUGGAGACUAGACAUCACCUUGAUAUAUUACAAACUCUUUAUGUUCCUUCAAUUUCUAGGAAUUUGAUUUCUCUUUCAAGACUUGAUGUUUCUGGAUAUGAUUUUAAAAAAUCUCAAGCAGCGGACGCUCUCAAAGUGUACGUUAAUGAGGUUGAAAGACAAUUAGAUAGGAAAGUGAAAAUCAUUAGGUCAGAUAGAGAUGGUGAAUAUUAUGGAAAGUAUAACGAAUCAGAACAAUGUCCAGGUCCAUUUUCAAAAUUCCUUGAGAAUGGUGAAGUUAAUGGGAGUGUUAAAUGA